AAGAAACUGUGGAUUAAAUGGCGACUUUCCAAGGGAGAACUUGUGGUGGGACUGCACUGGUAGCUUUGCUGCUGCCUAUUUCAGGUAUUUGGUGCUUCACUGAGCUUUUUUUCACAAGGGAGCCCCAGGAUGUCAUUGCUUUGCGGAAAGACCCUGUGGUUCUUGAUUGCCAGGCUCGUGGAGAACUUCCAAUUACCAUUGUGUGGCUGAAAAAUGGACUGAAAUUAGCGGAUAGUGAACGGAUAUAUGUCUUAUCAAAUGGAUCUCUUUACAUCACUGAGGUUGAACAUCGUAGAGGAGAGCGAUCAGAUGAGGGCUACUAUGAAUGUUUGGCUCAAAACAAGUAUGGGGCCAUUCUGAGUCAGAAAUCCCACCUGUCUGUGGCCAGUAUGUCUCCAUUUGAAGUUCAGCCAGCCCACACAGUGGUGAAUGAAGGCGCAGUAGCAAGGUUUAUCUGCAAGAUACAUGCAAAUCCUCCACCAAUCAUAACCUGGGAAUUCAACCGAACAGCACUGCCGCUAGCUAGUGACAGGAUAACUGCUCUGCCAACUGGAGUUCUUCAGAUCUAUGGGGUCGAGGGACGGCAUGCUGGACAGUACCGUUGUGUGGCAACCAAUGUCGCAAAUAGGCGCAGAAGUGUGGAAGCCAUUUUAACCGUUAUUCCAGCUUGGGAACCAAAAACUUUGCAGAAACCAGUGAUUGUAGCUGGUCCUCAAAAUCUCACUGUGCCUGUACAUCAAACUGCCAUGCUGGAAUGUAUCGCCAUUGGUUCCCCAAAGCCUCUUGUGUCUUGGAGCCGUUUAGAUCACCGAUCUAUUGAUGUUUUCAAUACACGGGUUCUGGGAAAUGGAAAUUUGAUGAUAUCCGAUGUGAAGGUUGAACAUGCUGGAAUAUAUGUGUGUCGGGCCACUACACCAGGCACACGCAAUUACACUGUAGCCACAGCUAUGCUUACCGUGUUGGCUCCACCUUCUUUUGUUGAGUGGCCUGAGAGCUUGACAAGGCCUCGUGCUGGCACGGCCAGGUUUAUGUGUCAGGCAGAAGGUAUUCCUACACCUAAAAUUAGCUGGCUGAAGAAUGGACAAAGGAUUCACUCCAAUGGACGUAUCAAAGUCCAGUAUAGCAGCAAAUUGGUAAUAAACCAGAUCAUUCCUGAAGAUGAUGCCAUUUACCAGUGCAUGGCUGAAAAUCAACAAGGAUCUGUCCUUUCAGUGGCCAGACUGAUUGUUAUUAUGUCUGAGGACAGACCUAGCGCACCUAGAAAUAUCCAGGCAGAAACUGUGUCGAGUUCAGGGAUUCUUCUGUCUUGGGAAAGGCCCAUGUACAAUUCUGACAAAGUAAUUGCAUACUCGGUCCAUUACAUGAAAGCAGAAGGUUUAAAUAAUGAAGAAUAUCAAGUGGUUAUUGGAAAUGACACAACUCGUUAUAUUAUUGAUGAUUUAGAACCAGCCAGCAAUUACACAUUUUACAUUGUAGCAUACAUGCCCAUGGGAGCAAGUCGAAUGUCAGAGCAUGUUAUUCAGCACACACUGGAAGACGUCCCUUUGAGAGUGCCAGAAAUCAGCUUGACCAGUCGUAGCCCAACCAACAUCCUGAUCUCAUGGCUCCCCAUUCCAGCUAAGUUCAGGAGAGGGCGUAUUAUUGCGUAUCGCAUUUACUACCGUAAAAGCACAGAAAGUGCUGUCCAUCUUGUGGAGCUUCCAGGGGCCAUAUCCGAACACUUGCUUGAAGAUGUCGAGCCUGACAGCACUUACCUUGUACGAAUCUCUGCGGCGACCAGAGUGGGUUGGGGAGAAUCUUCCAUCUGGACUUCCCACAGAACCCCAAAGGCUACGAGUGUAAAAGUCCCCUUGGCCCCAGAGCUGCGUUUGGAGCCAUUGAACUGCACAACGAUUACAGUAAGCUGGAAGCAAGCGGAGGAGAAUAGUGUGCACAUCCAGGGAUAUAGACUGUUUUACAGGGAAGAAAGUCAGCAAGAAACUGGGCCAAUUGGACUCGGCAUGCAAGAUUCCCAUUACACCAUCAGUGGACUAGAUCCUCGAAGGAAGUAUCAUAUGCGUUUGCUGGCGUAUAAUUAUAUGGGUGAAGGCUACCAGGCAGACCAAACUGUAAGCACCCCAGGAUGUGUCUCUGUUCGGGAUCGCAUGGUGCCUCCUCCACCUCCACCUCAUCACUUGUAUGCAAAAGCCAACAGCUCAUCUUCCAUUUCCUUACAAUGGGGGAAGCCAGCCUUUACUGCUGCAGCAAUGAUCAACUAUACUGUCCGCUGUAAUCCUGUGGGGCUGCAGAAUGCUUCCCUUGUCAUGUACCUUCAGACGUCAGAAACACACAUGCUUGUUCAUGGCUUACAACCUUUCACCAAGUAUGAGUUCGCUGUGCGUCUUCAUGCAGACCAGCUCUCCAGCCCCUGGAGCCCUGUGGUUUAUCAGCUUACGUUGCCAGAAGCUCCAGUUAAUCCACCUUCAAGUGUGAAAGUCACUUUAAUAGAAGAAGGAACUGCUCUAAUUUCUUGGAAACCCCCAGAAGGUACCAACACAGUCAUCACUCGUUACACCAUUCUUUAUGCGUCCAGAAAGGCUUGGAUUGCAGGAGAAUGGCAAGUGCUUCACAGGGAAGGAACAAUUACUAUGGCCUUGCUGGAGAACCUCCUCCCAGGAAAUGUCUACCUCGUUCAGAUAUCUGCCUCGAAUGAAGUUGGAGAAGGGCCCUUUUCAAAUGCUGUGGAACUAGCAAUCCCUGCUAAGGAAACUGUAUACUUUAGCCAGGGGCCUAAGUGGGCUGACUCUCACAGCAGUGGAGAUGCCAAAGCUAACUCAGAUGUAUUUUACCACCUGGACCAAAAGUCAAUGACUGGAAUUAUUGUCGGAGUUUGCAUAGCCCUAACUUGUAUCAUCAUCUGCAUCCUUAUCCUCCUCUACCGAAGCAAAGCAAGGAAAUCAUCUGCUAUCAAGACUGAGCAACAGGGAAAUGUACAGUUAGCACAUGUGACAAGACCACUGGUCAAUGGCAACCAUCUUGCUAAGGGUCAGAAUGAACAGGAAACUGUGGAAACCUUAAUGCCAAUGAUGCCUGAAAAUGUUUUUUUGGAUACCAAGGGUGGGUCUGAUCUGAUUAUUAGCAGCACGACUCGUGUGAACGAAAAGGCAAAAAAAUGGUCAUUAUUUGGGUCAUCGAAGAAAUCAGUGAAGAUGCACAAAGAAAAGCAGCAGCCAGUGAGAAGAAAUGUACGAAGCCUGAGCUCUUACCAGCUGACUGGGCUGACCUGUGAGGAAUCGGGUGGCUCAAUACACAUUCCACCUACAUCUCUGCAGGCUGUGUUCAACACUGCAGGAGACACAGAAUAUUCUCAUAACAGUGACGGAAGCCAUGAAACUGGCGAUUCAGGCAGAUACUCGCACGAUUCUAGGGAGGAAAUGGAAAUGGCUCACCUUUCUUCUGUCACAUGUACUACACCUACCUUCUUGGGGCCGUUUGUCCAAGCAGAAACAGUCAGCGUUCUUAUCAAGUCUACCUCAGAGGAAGCUCAACUCCUGUUGAUUGGUUCUUCUUCUACUACCUCAGACCUGCUGGCACCACCUCAAAAACUGAUGAAUACUGUAGAUGCAGAAAUUAUGGAAAAACAUGGCUCUUGUAGUGACUCCUAUCCAUAA